GUGAUGUUUUAAGGUUUGGGUUCUGUUUGGAAGACAGAGUAGAUGUAGACUGUCGCUAACUGUUAUCAGUUGUUGCAAGCGAAUUUAGCUGUAAUUUAUUAUUAUUAUUUCCAAGAAUAGAAAAGAAGACAAAAGCAUUUAGCUUUUCAUAUAUUUUAGUAGCGAGGUGCAGAGUAGAAAGAAAAAGAGGAAGAUUCGGUCAUCUCUUCCUCCGUUCCGUUGUCCAAAAUAACAGAAGUACCCGCCUUUUCAUUUUCCGUUCACCUUCCCAACUCAACUCUUCAAACUUCAAACUCCUCCUUUCAGUCCUCUUCUCCCCUAUAAAAAUACCCAACCCCUCCCUCACCCCCCUAGCUUCCUUCCUUAACUCUGCAAACACAUCUUCUUCUCCGCUUUGCAGCUUCCACCUUCUAGCCAGAGGUUAUGCUAAUCAUGGUGUGUAGGAAAAAUAUUGUCCGAGAUGAUGCGGUCAUGUAAAGCAGUAGGCCUAUAAAUGAUCGUGUCUAGAAGAUUGAUGGGGUGUGGGUGAAAGGUAAAGUACUGUGGGAAAAAAUUAUUUAGUUUAAAAGAGGUUGAUGAGAUUUAAUUUCUUGGAAUCUUUGGAAAAUGUGGCCUAGGAUGGAGCAAAAAGAUUGGAAAAGCCAGGAAGUUAUGACUAUUCCUAGCAAAUAAACUCCUCAAACAUGAUGAAAGUGGGCUUGGACUAAGAUUUUAGCAGUAUGUGCAGAUUCUACCUGGAAGCUAGGAGGCAAUUGUGAAGAAUAUUCAAUUUUUCCCUUUGAUGCCAGCAAUCUUGCUGGUAAUCAUAUUUUGACAUUAUGAGUCACCACAGUACAUUCAAUCCUUGUAAAACCCUAGAGAGUGUGCAUGGCAUCCAUGUUGCCCAGCAUUCUCCAUUUGCUUUGGAACAGAUUGAUCAACAGGGGGGCUUCCCUCAAUCAACUAGUGAAAGUUCAGGCAAAGGACUGGAUCAGCAGCUGUUGAUGCGGAGAGUAUGGCAGCAAAGACCAGGAUGUUUGAGGCCUAUCCAGGGCUGCAUUCAUGGUGAUCAGCAUCUUGCAGAAACAGUUGCCAAUGUGAUUACCUCCCUUCCUUUUAUUGUUCUUGGUAUCCAGGCUCCAAGGAAGAACUUGAAUACUAAGUUGUAUGCCAACUCGUUAAUCGGAGUUGGAGUUGUCUCAAGUUUGUAUCAUUCUUCAAGAGGAAAGCUGAGGAAGUACUUGAGAUGGUUUGACUAUACAAUGAUAGCCACAGCGACAGUAUGUUUGUCAAGGGCCCUAAGAAAUGAGAACUCAAAGUAUUUGACGGCUGCAUCUGCAGCAUUAUUGCCCAUCCAGCCUCUGAUGGUCUCUGCUAUUCAUACAGGGAUGAUGGAGGUAGCAUUUGCAAAAAGAGCAUUAAAAGAUCCGGAUCUAAGGAUGGCACAUAAUUUGCAUAAGAUGUCAUCGUUGUUGGGGGGUGUUCUUUUCGUUGCUGAUGAUUGCCUUCCUAGUACUCCUUUUCUUCAUGCUGGUUGGCAUCUUGCUGCAGCUAUUGGUGUCGGCACCUGUAACAAGCUUCUUGAGUAGUGUAUAUAUCUCAGAUCAGUUUCUUAUGAUUCAUUUAUCCAUUAGGAUGCAGUCUCUCCUCAAACCCCAGGACGACUAUAAUUUUUUAUUUUUGGUAAUAGCUGUCUUUCUUCAACCAGGUAAGGAAAGGAAGAGGGGAAGGGAUAGAUUUGCUCUUUUUCGUGAGUAGCAGCUCGACUGUCCAACUAUGGUUGGGUUUCAUAAUUUCUUUCCAUCUGGAUAUCAUGUAGCCAUUCCUAGCGUCUAUAACGAAAUGCAUUUAUAUUCAGCACAAAAUCUAUUUAUCUGAUAUACUAAUUAUAUAUUUGUAGCAUUUUAUGUAUGUACAUCACAAUCAGCAUUAUGAAAGAGAAUUAUUUCAUCUACUUUAAAUCAAAUGUAGAACCAAGCUCUCAAUUACUAUAA